CGGAAUUCCGUCGGUAUAUUCCGAGGAAAUUCCGAGGAAACCCAAUUUUGUGUUCCCUCGGAAUUUACUCGGAAAUUCCUCGGAAUAUUCCGAGGAUUUCAUUUUCCGUCGGAAUGUCCGUCAGAAUAACGCUGUUUUCUUGUAGUGUUGGUGUGAUUUGUAAAGGCGAUAACUUUGUCACCAAAGGUUCCUGUCUACUGGACUAAUCGAGCUCUUUGCCACAUGAAGCGAAAGUAUGCAUGGUUAAUUUAUGCAUGCGUAGAUUGUUUAUUCUUCAUCUUGUUGUUUAUGUUUGCCUUGUUUGUUGCAUGAUGGUGGCUUGCAUCAAAUUCAAGGAUUGGACUAGGGUUGAAGAGGAUUGUCGCAAAGCUGUUCAGCUUGACCACAACUCAGUCAAGGUUUAAUUCUUAUGGCUGUAUCUAUAUGUGAAACCAACCAACUUUUAUUUGCUUUUGGUCUUUUUCUAUUCUUGGCAUUGUUUGAUCCUUUCUCAUACUUCAUAUGGAGGUUUUACACUUGUGUUCUGUGGCAGGCCCACUACAUGCUAGGACUUGCAUUAUUGCAGAGGAAAGAUUAUGCUGAUGGAGUUAAAGCAUUGCAAAAAGGUAAUUGGGUCCUGUCUUUAUCUUUACAAUGUAUUCGUUGACUUCAUUUUCUUACACCAUAACCUUGAGACCUAAGUAGUGUAGAGGGAUCGCUUGAGUAUCCUUUUUUUUUUUUUUUUGAAAGUUGUAUUCGGUGGAUACUUUUUUUUGAUCAAGAUGGAUGGGUUAAGUUGUUGAUAUCAUCAACUACCAGUCUUCUACAGAAUAAUAGUUUUGAUACCUUCAUGUGGCUACGUUUCGUAUAGGCUUUAGAUCUUGGAAGAGGCACAAAUCCAACAGGAUACAUGGUAGAAGAAAUAUGGGAAGAGCUUGCUAAAGCAAAAUACAUGGAGUGGGAAUUGGCUUCUGCUAGGCGCUCUUGGGAAUUGAAUAGUUUGAAGGAAACAUGUGACGCUGCCCUUAAUCAACAACGUGCUCUAGACAUGUCUCGAACAAAAGAGUCGUCAGAAGAAGCCUAUUCUUCCCAUACUGAGCGAUUGAAAGCUCUUAAUCAAGUGUUUGAGAAAGCUGCAAAAGAUGAUAAACCAACCGAGGUGCCAGAUUACUUGUGUUGCAAUAUUACUCUUGAGAUAUUCAGGGAUCCUGUGAUAUCUCCAAGUGGGGUUACAUAUGAAAGAGCAGCUAUCCGUGAACAUAUUAACAAGGUGGGGAAGUUUGAUCGUAUAACGCGUGAGAAACUGGACCCAUCAAAACUGGUUCCAAAUCUGGCUAUCAAAGAGGCAGUGGCAUCUUAUCUAGAGAAACACGUCUGGGUUUACAAAGUGGAUUCCUGAUUCAAAUGAGGGCUUAACAUACACACAAUGAAGCGGAAAAGAGAUUGAGUUUAACUAGUCAGUGAAUGAACAAAGCAGACCAGUGCGUUUAUUUAGUUUCGUGUGUGUUUGGUUCUACUUGCCACUGUAUUCUGUUUAGUUCUAACACACACACAAAGACUUCAGUCUCAUACUCGUGGGAGAAAAAGGUGAUUAAGUUUAUUAAUUAAUUCAAAGAAAUCAAUAAUUCGACCAGUUGUAAUCUUAUUUCUUUCCCAGCCAACAAGUAUGGAUUUAGCUCCACAAAUUUAUGGUUACAAAUAAGGUACAGCUUAAAAAAGAAACUUUGAAUUCAUGCAAAAAAAAUCCAAAGGCAUAAACUUUCACUUAAGCCAUUUAAAUUUAUAAUUUCAAAAUUUAUAUAUUUAAUUUUGGUUAACUUACUUAUUUUAGAUACACAAAAAAUUCAUGAUUAAAUUUAAAAUGGAUAGUUUAUGACAGACAAUUAAAUGUUAGAAUAGCUCCCGAAAAAUGUAGAAUUUUUUGAGUGUGUUGUAUAAGUUACCAUACUUUGUACUCCUCUUGUUUCAUAUUGAGUGUCACUUUAGAUUUGUGCAUACAUAUUAAGAAAAUAUUUAAUUUUGCAUAUUUUCUAUAUAAAAUCAUCAUUACUCAUACACCUAACCAUAUUUCAACCAAUAAAAAAAUAAACUGAAAAAUAAAAUCAAUAAAUUAUGCAUUGAUAUCAAUGCUGAAAUGACACUUAUUUUCCAACGAAAAAUUUUCUCUAAAAAACACUUAAUAUAAAAGAGAAGGAGUAUGGGUUUUUUUAUACUGACUCUAUAGUUAAACCAUUAGACUAAAAGAGUUUCCACAAUUGCUUGUUCUCAGGCAACUUAAUUAAAUGAAGGAUGGGAACAUUGCAUUUCAAAGUAGUGAAUGGGACCUCUAAAAUUUUGCCUAAUAACAAGGCGGAUAUCUUGGGGUGGGGGGAACUUUAAUACAAAGAAAGCUAUUUUCCUUGUAUAUAUGAUUCCAUUGGGGGCACGCAAAAGUGUAAACCGACCAUUGUGGACUAUUAUGCUUCGUCGGCUUUUGUCCGUAGAAAAAAAAUCUAUUUUUAUGGUAAAAAUGACUUCUUGUGGAUAAGAAGUUGGAAGAAUCAAAUUCUUUCUUUACUUUGCUUUUCUUGUGAAAGUUGGGUGAAGAAACAAACACCGAAGAGUGUGGUUUUUAGGACGAUUCCAUAUUCUAUCUUCUGUCUAUAAAUAUUCCCAUUUUUCUCCAUCUUUCCCGAUCUAUCAACCCGUAAUUAUUACCAAUCACGAGUAGUGUCAACUCCGUGAUUUAAUCCUAACUUCCAAGCAAUCUAACAAACGAAGCACAUGUGAUUUUUAUCAUUACUUUAGAAGUCUUAUCUUGCCGUGUAUGGCAAACAAAUCAAACCUUUUAAAGUACAUUCACAAGUAUUUCUCAUAUAAUUCAGAAUAAUAUUACAAAAU